GCGGAACGCAUGCGCAGGCGAAAUUGGCGGAAUACUAAGUUACUUGUAAAGAAGAGUAUCUAAAUAAUAUGCACGUUAAAAGUAUCUGUUUUACGUAGUUUCGUAAUAAAAAGUGUACUAUACGAAAAAUAUAGAAACAGUGUACAUAAUGACCAGAAGAAAGUGCAUAAAUUGUAGAACAUCUUUUCCGUUCACUGAAAUGUUUAUGUAGUGAUAUUUGUGGUGGAAGAACAGAGCUUCUUUUUUCCGCUGAGGCAACCAAUAAUUUUAAUAUUUGUUUAGAUGUAAACAUUUUAACAUUCAUCAGUAAAAUAUCACGAAUUUUAGUAAAUACUAGACUUUAUAUUGAUAUUUAGAACGUAUCGAAUUAUGAACAGGUUAAGUACUUAAACCCAAGUAUAUAACAUACAUAUAUAUUAAACACAGGCAUUGAUAAAAGUGAUCUAAGGUGGAUGUUACGAGCAAGAUAUUAUGUACAUAAUAAUUUUUAAAUCAAAAUUGAGAUUUAAAUUACGAUUUCAGUUUCUAGAUUCUUGUUACUGUUAUGUCUGUAUGUAAUAUGGAAAAAUAGGUAUAUAAUAAUACAGUAAAAAACACGUAUAUUUAUAACUGAGUUCUUAAAUAAAUUAUAUAAAUACACAUGUUCAUAUAUAAAUUGAAAACUAUAACUUUCCUAUAAAUAUUAAAUUUGAUAAAUAUGGCUGAAUUUGUAAAAAAAUUAAUAACUAGUAAGGAUGUGCAGCAACGGUGUAAUGAAUGGGUGGAAUCUCAAAAAAAUUUUACUUAUACUGAUGAAGUACAUCAAAAAAGAAAAACUGAUGAUGAUGAUAGCUGCAACACCGAUUCUGAGUUUGACUCUGUAUCAGAAAUUGGUACAAAAAGGAGACGAGUUGGUCUGCCACUAAAACGCGAGAUUUUUCAUUUAAAUUGCGAAUGGACUGAUUGUGAAUAUGAAAACAAUAACGUUGAAAGAUUUGUAAAACAUGUAGCCCAACAUGUAUCUGAUUUGGGUACACGGAUUAACGAUAAAGGUGUCGGUGUUUAUGUGUGUCGAUGGAGUGGUUGUUUUUAUGAAAAUGAUGAUGCCGAUGAGAUUUCAAGACAUGUGAAUUAUCAUGGCUAUCACACAAAAUUGAAAUGUAUUGGAUCAAAUAUUCGUACCAGAAUUAAACUGCCUAAAUGUCGCAGAGACUCGGAAUGGAAAAAUGUUGUGGAUCUUCCAGCACCCCUACUUUGUCGGUGGGAAGAAUGUUUAAAAUGUUUUAGAAAUUAUCAGCUAUAUCUGUAUCAUGUAGCUGCUCAUACCGAAGAAAGCCCAAGGGGCAAUAAAAUUGAAGGUGGCUUAGAAUGUAAAUGGACAGGUUGUGGAAGCUUCUAUCCUAGUUUAUAUAAAUUGAGGGAUCAUAUGCGACGUCAUACAAAAGAAAAAAUGGUAGCUUGCCCUGAUUGUGGGGCUACAUUUGCUUCUAAUACAAAAUUUCAUAUACAUUGUAAACGGCAAAUCCCAAUUGAUGUUCAGGGAUUCCAAUGUUCUCACUGCAACAAAUUUUAUCCAACGGAAGGAAUCCUAAGGGAUCAUAUGCGAUUGCAUGUUUUUAAUUACAAAUGCAGUCUUUGUGAUAUGAGUUGUGAAUCACCAGCUAGUUUAGCUAAGCACGUAAGAUACCGACAUGUUUCUACUAGAAAUUUUCCUUGUCAACUUUGUACUCAUGCUGCAAAGUCUCAGCAAGAUCUUGAUUCACACAUGUCAGUUCAUACAAAUGGACCGAAUUUUUCAUGUCAUUUUGAGGGAUGUCUAUAUACAUGCAAGGGUGCAUAUUCCCUCGAUAGGCAUAUAGAACGAGUGCAUGGUGUACAAAUACGGUGGUACUGCUGUCAUGAAUGUCCAAUAAAAUACAGAAAGAGCUAUAGAUUGACAAAGCAUUUGAUUGAAGCACAUAGAUUCCAGUUACCUAGUGGACACACAAGAUUUCAGUACACUCAUGAUGAAGAUGGAUGCUACAGAUUACAAAUGGUGAGAUAUGAAGCGGUUGAUGAAGAAAAUAAUCCUUCGGCUACACAGUCCAAAGUUCAAAAUAAAAAGUAUAAUAUCAGAUUAAAUAAAAAUUCUGCUGUUCCGCAAGUGGAGGUAUAUGAAGAUUUGGGUGAUAAAGGAGACGAUUGUGAAGAAACUGGAGUUGAAGAAAAGUUAGAAGCAAAAAAUUAUGAAGGAAAAUCGAUGCCUGUUAUUUCAAAUAUUUUAAUAUCAAUUGAUGAAACGGAUGCAGAGGGAAAUAUAAUUAGAAGUAGAAUUGUAGAAGUUCAAGAAACUAGAGAGUUACCACCUUCCGAAGGACCACCUUUAAUUUUGACAUAAAUUAAUUUUAUUUGCUUAAUGACACAUUUUACUGUAAUACAGAUCAAAUAUAAAUUUUCUAUAAAAAAUUAAAAAAUGUUUUCUACAGUU